AUGCACAUAUUGCUUGAGAGGAUGCAAGUUCAGGCGGCAGUGGUGGACGGUAGUUGUAAUCCCCAACAUCAUAGGGAAAAUUCUGGAUCAUCAAAGAGGGACAAAGCAAUGAUGGUAGAGUUCAAGGGACAAGAGGACACGUCAAUUAUCUUCUUCGAACACAUUGUAAAAGGUUACAACAUGGAUCCCCCAAAAUUGGUGGAAGAGAUACACCACAGACAGGUAGAGUAUAGGAGGCAUAUUUCUAUUGUAGGAGCUACUCCGCUAGAAGGUGUUUUUCCUCCGUUUGAUCCUAUUUCUGACAGUAAAAGUGUUGAUUUGUUUGAACUUGAGGCCUCACCCCACCAACAUGAGAGUCCUUUGGCUGCUGAAAGCAUCAAUUCUUCACCACUCCUUAUUGGUCAAGAUGAUCAUUCAUUAAGUGUUGUUCCGUGGGAGCCAUCAAAAUUUGAAGGUUCUUAUGGAAGUUUCAGUUUCAGAGGCCUUUGGGGAGUUGGCUUUAAUCCUUCAAGACAAGCUUGUUACUCUACAUGA